GAUAGUUUUAUUAUAUAUGGGGAAAUAUAUAAUUUCAUGUAGAUAAUGGUACGAGGUUAGUUCUGUUCGAACCGUCGCAGUGAUUCCGUUCAGCAAUCCAAGAACCCGAUUUUACAGUGUUCCAUCUUCUCGUCAGUGGAUUUUUGAUUGCCUGAGAAUUUGGAGGAAAUUUAUAGAAAAUGGCUGCCUUCGAAAUCCUUUGCGGAUUUAUCGUGCUUUUCCUUGCUUUUUACUAUUACCUGGUGAAACCCUAUGAGUAUUGGGAGAAGCGCGGAAUACCUGGACCCAAGCCACAACUGUUGUUUGGAAAUUUUUUCCCCGUAAUAUUUGGGAGGAUAUCCAUAGGUGAUCGAGUGAUGUCCUAUUACAAACAAUACAAACACGAGCCUGUGUUUGGGUUGUUCGUACGAACGCAACGUAUCCUGGCUAUAAAUGAUCCUGAUUUAAUCAAGACCGUUCUUAUCAAGGAUUUUUCCAAAUUCUCUAAUCGUGGCCUUGCUAUGAACGAAGUGGCAGAACCACUUUCUCAACAUUUGUUUUCCUUGGAAGUAGAAAGAUGGCGACCACUAAGAACAAGACUAUCGCCAACCUUCACAUCGGGCAAGCUAAAAGACAUGUUUUCUCUGAUCGUUGAAUGUUCUAACACUCUGGAGAAAUAUUUGGAAUCAUUGGUAUCGACAAAAAGCUGCAUCGAAGUACGAGAACUGGCUGCCAGGUUCACCACCGACGUAAUUGGCAGUUGCGCCUUCGGAGUCGACAUGAAUGCCAUGUCAGACACGCAAUGUAAAUUCCGCGAUAUAGGAAGGGAAUUCUUCGGUCCUGGUUUGAAGCAGAUAUUAAAAAACAGACUUCGUGAGAAUUUGCCAACAUUUUACACUCUUCUGGGUUAUAUACUGCCACGAGACGAAACCACGAUUUUCUUCACAAACGCUGUCUUGGAUAUGAUAAAGCACAGAAGGAAGAACAAGAUCGUUAGACCGGACUUCAUUAACACUCUUAUGGAUCUGCAGGAUCAUCCUGAGAAGUUGAGCAUAAAAUUAACCGAGCCUUUGCUAGUUGCACAAGCGUUCCUUUUCUUCGUGGCUGGUUUCGAAACUUCUUCGUCAACGAUAGGCAAUGCCCUUUACGAAUUGGCGCAAAAUCAAGAUAUACAGGAUAAAUUACGAGCCGAGAUCAAGGAACAUCACGAGUUGUACGAUGGAAAAUGGCAAUAUGAAAAUAUUAAGAAAAUGCCAAUCUUGGAUGCCGUGUUUAAAGAAACGUUAAGAAAAUACCCACCGGUGACCGUCAUAAUGAGAAAAAGUACGGAGAAGUAUACCUUUGAAGAUAUAAAGCUCACAAUUCCAAAGGACACUAGGAUCUUUAUUCCUUCAUACGGUAUCCACCGCGAUCCAGAGAUUUAUCCGAAUCCUGACGUGUUCGACAUCGAUCGAUUUAAUGAGGAUGCAGUAGCGGCAAGGCAUCCGAUGCAUUAUCUACCUUUUGGCGAUGGCCCAAGGAACUGUGUUGGUGCACGUUUUGCCAUCUUCCAGACUAAAAUUGGACUGAUAAAAAUCCUUCGUACUUAUAAGGUUGAUGUUUGUGAACGAACACAAAUUCCGUAUAUAAAUGAACCACGUACGUUCAUUCUAGCACCCAAACACGGAAUCGAUCUAAAGAUUACAAAAGUUGAAAGUUAAUAAAAUACUUUAUAACCCUUUCGAUAUUCAAGUUAGCUGUCGUAAAGAUAAGACUAUAUCGCGUAGUCUGUAGGAAAAUUUUCUUUCGCCUAAAGCUUCAUUUUUAUGAAUGAUUUUUAAAGAAAUCAAUUAUUAAGAAUCAGUUAUUAAUGAGAGUAAAAUAGCGGAAAGCCAAAAGAAGAUAUUUAAUGAUAUUCUCAUAAUUUAUUUGUAAUUAUUAUCAUAUGCAACGUAAUAUAUCACUUUGUUUCCUUUGGAAAUUAUUACCAGGCUAGGUAAACUUACUGUAAAUAUGUUCUGAUGAUGUACUAGGGGAAAAGAGGAAUGUAUUUUUGUUAUAAGAUUAUUUUAUGAAAUAAAUAAUUUUUUAUA